CGCCACCAACCCAGUCCCGGGCAAAUCCGCGACUCCGGACUCGGUCGAACGGAACCAACCGGACCGGACUGCAGCACACUCCACUCGCAGCGCUAUGCUGAUGAUGAUGUUGCUGCUCAGCGGCAGCAGCGGCUCUUGCUCCCAUGCUGCAGCAACAACGCUCUGUAGGAGCCUUUUUCAUGAUGCGAUUUCCCUUGUAGACCAGCAAGCGUUGAUGCUGGUGCUGCUGUGGCGAAGCCAGAGCCUCUUUCGUUCGUUUUCAGCAGGACGAGGACGACCACGGAUGGCCGACAUGGAUGAUGAGCGGCACAUGAGGCUGCUGCUGUUGCUGCGGUGGUGGAGCUGUUUGCCAUCCAGCCACACCAACAAACACCAGACCAGAACCUGCGAAAAAGGAACAAAAUUCUCAGUUUGCACCGAAUGGUUUUCUCAAGCGGACGCGAGAAACGGGGCGGUUUCGCUGGGUUGCGAUUUUCACGUUUGAUUCGGACCGAAAACGCGUUGUUUCGCAAUAGUUGACUAUUGAAAUCAGUGGUGGGGACGAUUGGGGCGAAAUUCGGUAUCGAUGGAACCGGAGGUAGGCAGAUAGAAAGGUCGCGAUGCGGUUCUAUUAGCAGGGAGGCGGGUGUGUAAACAAAACAAGGCAGAGGACGGAAGUGGGGGCAAACGUAGUUCAGAACAUUGCGAAGCCGUCGGUCGCAUGAAUUAAUAAAUUAUUCCGGAGCAGAACCUCCCAGGCCUACAGAGUCCUGUCGUAGCUCGUAGUCGUGUUUUUGCCGUUUCGUGUCCUCUCUGCGUCGCUGAGGCCCAACGGUGGAGUACGGCAAACCGCGAAUGCAAGAAGAAAAGCAAAGAAAAAGAUAAAUAAAGUGAUCUGGCUGGAAGAGGAGCGACCCAAUCCAGAGUGGGUAGAAGAAUCUGAAUUCAUAAGCAGAGAAAAGGAAGAAGCAUGAAAAAUGAUGCAAUUAUAUAAUUAAGAAGUUUGAAAUAUUUUCGUCUGUGUGUGAUGUGAGAGCAGCCAACCACAAGGCAGAGGUUUCGCGUGUGUGUCUUGUCGGGCCUCUACCUACAUCGAAGUCGCUGAGGAGAAAAAUUCUCAGCGAUUAAGAUCGAUAUCGCACACAAGCCAUCAGCGAAGCAGCGACGAGAGAAGAAGAUCCAAGACUACACACGUGGAAGAGGUCGGCGGCCGUGGCCAUCGCCAGCAAUGAUGGGACCAAUCAAGCUCAACCUGCCAGUCGUCACUACUGCCAGCUUGAUGGUUUGUUUACUGACAACGGCAGCAUUGGUCACAGUGGGUCACACGGCGAUAGUGACCGCAGCAGAUGACGACGGUGACGUCGCCGCUACCACCACCACCGCCGUCACCGCCGUAGUAGCAAAUGCAACGAUAGUGAAUAGAAAGGUGACAGCUGAUGGCGGUCAUCGGAUUGAUGGAGGAUUGCCAUCGCCACCGUCGACGCCGGCCGUAGUGGGAAGAGGGAAACCGACGGCAUCGGCGGCGGAGUCAUGCCGGGAGACGUGCUCGAAGCAGCACUCCACAAAGGAAUCGCUUUGUUCCCAGCGCCGGAACUGUUCAACGUGCCAACGAAAAUGCAUCCUGGAAAACCUAUCUCCGUCCAAUAAAGAUUCAACCCAUCGACUUUCGCUAGUUCUACUACAAAUGACCCGAAACGAGUCCCUGGUGACGGCAGAUGUCGCCUGGGUCAACGCAGCCGACAGCCGGUCCAGAUCCAACCAUUCCCAGCAGCAGCAACAAUCGCAAGAGCAGCAGCAGUGCCUUGUGACGUGGGAAGUCUCCGGUGGCGGAUUGAUGGGCAACCUGCUGACCGAAUCCUCCACCGUGCAGUUGUCGCUUUGGGCGGAGACCAACUAUCGGGUGCAAGUCACCUGUCGGAGCAAGCGUACCAACUCCCUGGUUCGUUCGUCUCCGAUUGUCCUGAAAACGUCUGCAGCCACUUCCGUUGGACACAGCCAAUCAAAGCGACCGACGACUGGUGCCGAAACAACGGGCACCCAACUGGGUAUCGAAGAGCUAGUUCCUGUGUCUCACCCUGAGGGUUCACCAUCAAACGAACAAAAUUGUGUUCAACCGGACGGAUUGCGAGAAGUUCUACUAUUUGGGGUAUACAUCACGCUAGUGGUGUUCCUGAUGAUCCUACUGACGGUGGUCAGUUGCGUCAAUCAAAGGCAUAAGGCGAUUUCUUUGGAGAAAACCUCGUCGUCGUCGGAUGCAAGUUCGAUAUCAUCGGAUACGCACGUCCUAGUGGUGAACGACGUGAUGGCAACGGAAAUAUUGCACGUUUGAAGAGGUGGUCACUACAGGAAAGGUGAUAGAUUAACGAGUGCUCAAAGUCAAUAGAGUUUAAGUUAGAUUUUAUAAGAAUAGUUUUACCGCUGGUGAUAUUGUAAAUGAUAAAUUGCCUCGUAAUUAUGGUCGUUGGUCGAAAGGAUUCUAAAAACAGAUAUUUAGUAGCGAGCCACAGUUAUGAUCAUCCAUAUUCUCAAUUGUUUGAACAAAAGUUAAUGCAAAUUCACGUGCACGGCAAAAUUACUCGAUUGAAUAAGACUUGUGUGAUAGUUUCGGUCGUCUGUGAACAAGUACAUGGAUGAAAAACUAUAACUACUAGUAAUCGUCCCAAGA